GAGUGCUUUGAUAAUAAGAUUUCAUAAAGUACUUUUGUAAUUAGUAUGUAUGUAUAGUAUGUGAACUUAUAUAUAUAUAUAUAAGGGAAACCGGGGCAAAAAGUUGUGCCUGAGGAAAUAUCCUAUUCUUUAGAAGUUUGGGAAGCACCAAGAAACUUACUGUAAUUUUUUGCGAUUUUCGAAAGAAAAAAGAAAUAUUUGGGUCACAAUGAAGUACCCCUAAAAAAUUGAUGAAAAUUUUUUUCCAUUAAAAUAAAAAAUAUUAGAAUCCCUAUAAAAUUUCUCCUUUUUUUCUUUUUCAUUUUCUUUUAUCAAUCUUUUGAAAAAUUAGAAAGUUUUAUUCCUUUUUCCUUUCUGAAAAAAAUAUACCAAAUUGCAAGAAUGAAAAAAAAAUCGCAAGUACUGAAUUUUGCCCCGGUACCUCGUUUUGGGCCGGUUUCCCCUAUAUAUUCAGAAGAAUAUACCUAUAGAGAAUCGCAAGUUUCUGUAAUUUUUUUUCGGAUCUAAACGAAGAAAUUCACUCAUGUUGAGGAAAUCAUAGAAUAUCGUGUUAUUUUCUCCGUUGAGAUGCGCAAACGCGAUAUUCCCGUUUACAGACAAAAUACAGUAUUGUGAGCGACUAAGAGAUGCAUCAAUUUGGUCUGGUUACAUAAUCAAUCAUCAGUGUCAUGUGAAAUUAAUAUAGCAUUCAAUGACUAUUAUUAUCAUCAUUAUUAAUAUUCGUAUUAUUAUUCUUUUAUUAUUAUUAUUAUGUGUAUAGUGUAGGAAUAUUUAUGAUGUAUGAGCAAUUUUAUAAAUUUAUCAAUUUCCUUAUAUUGCGUGCAAUAAAACGGUGUUAAAAAAACUUAUGUGAUCGAAAAUAGGUCUAUUUUGAAGGAGUCUAAUAAGAAAUUUGGCAAAUAUCAAUAAUCUUCUUCGAAUUCUAUUUGCGAUUGGGAUAAAGAGGAUACCAUGGUUGGUUUUUUAACCAUUUUCACAAAGGUAUUCGCUUACAAUUGUAUUUGAAAAGUUUCUGCAGAGUCCACAAGACGGUUGCCUCGAAUCGACAGAGCAAACAAGAGCAAGUAUUUCCGCUGAAAAUAUUUAGUAAUAUAUACGAGAAAAUAGUACAUGGAUUGGUCACCGGAAGCGCUGUUGACGAUCGAGACGCCGCGUACGAACCUUUUGUUCGUUUCUCUCGUCUCGUCUCGGCAUCUCACAACUCCGGACUCCGGAGCGUAUCUACAGUAGACUCCAGCAUCCACGACAUAGUGAAUUACAUCCAUUUUUUGUAUUCAUCUUUCCUUUCUCUCAUUCUAAUCCCUACCAAUCCCUACUUCUCGUGGCUCGUGGUCAUUCUGGCAAAACCAUCACGCCUAUAUUAUUCCACCACUUUACGUUUCUCUCACUCUGUUUCGAAUCGCAACAUCGCGUAUCAAACACGACAGACUAUAUUCAUGUGGGUGUGUUAGAGUUUUCUCAUCUCACUUACUCGUGAAUUGGAAUUGGCCGAGCGACACUCGCGACCAUAUUAGCUGGACAUUCCUCCGUGAUAAAUUUGUUGGCAAUUAUCGUCAACGAGAAAAAGAGAGGGAACGAGUAAGCGCGUUCUGUAAUCCGGCCAUUGGCAAGGAAAUUAUAAAAAGAACCAAAAGAACUAGGAUCCUAUGGUUGAGUGCAAUAAUCAUCGCAUUGAAAUCUCGAGGUUGAUGUGAGAUCGAACAAGAGAAAGAGUCUGUUUCCCCUUAGCAGCACAAACAAAAGUUCGCGUGCUCCAGAAAACUUGCAAGAACAUUUGAAAAAGAAAAAAGAAAACAUGUUCUUCGUGGUGACAUUUGCCGUUUUUAAUUACGAUUGAAACGCGUGACUCUCGUGUAACACCAAAAAGUGCACAUUUCUCCUUUGGAUUUCAGUGAUUCGUGCAUGUGUUGAUUUAGUUUUUUUUUUAUUUCACUUGUCUGUCAAUCGACGCAUCGCACCGUGCUUCGUUGCGAUUGUAAUCCAUAUAUACAUACAUAUAGAUACAUAUUCGAAUUCGAUCUGUAUCGGUCAUACAACUCGUUGGAGAAUUACGUUUUUUUUCGAGGGAGUGAGGAGAAAAAGAAACUCGUUUCCACGAUCGACUGAUAUGUCCGUGAUUAACCAGCAGAGUCAACGAGAUUUUGUGAUGAGUUAGUGAACGGUUGUUGUUGUUGUUUUUUUUUUUCAAUCAUUAUCAUCAAGGAACGGUUUUCGUUUAAUAGAAAGAGAAGAGGCCGAUUGCACAUUGCUAAACAUUUGUCACAAUGGCAGCUACGUUCGAUGAGUAUGAUAAAAACAGCUGGUACUUUGGUGCAAUGUCCCGACAAGAUGCCUCAGAUUUGCUCAUGGGAGAGAAAGAAGGUGGUGUCUUUUUAGUGCGAGACAGUACAUCGAUUCACGGUGAUUUUGUAUUAUGCGUCAGAGAGGACAGCAAAGUUAGCCAUUAUAUUAUAAAUAAAAUUCAGCACGCUGACCAAAUAAGAUAUCGCAUAGGAGACCAAACAUUUGCAGACAUACCGAGGCUUUUGGCUUUUUACAAACUCCACUAUUUGGAUACAACGCCAUUGAUAAGGCCUGCGCCGAAAAAAAUUCACAAAGUCAUAGCAAAAUAUGAUUUUGAAGGGAACGAUCCGGAUGAUUUGCCAUUCAGAAAAGGAGAAAUAUUGACUGUGGUAACGAGGGACGAGGAGCAAUGGUGGACGGCAAAAAAUAGUCUUGGCCAAAUGGGUUUGGUGCCAGUACCAUAUGUGCAAAAGUACGAAGACGAGGCUCAACCAAACAUAGAUAACAGCUCUCGGCAGGAUUCUGGAAUUGGCGGGAGUUUGGGUUCUAGCUCAAAUACAAGUUCGACCCAACUAUCGUCGCAGAUAGGAUCAGAUACACCACCAGCAGCGACGACUCGUCGUUCCAAUAUUCAACGAACAUUACCGGCAUUCGCCAAAGUUAAGCAAGCUCGUGUACCGAACGCUUAUGACAAAACCGCGCUAAAGCUCGAAGUUGGGGACAUAAUAAAGGUUACUAAAACUAACAUCAAUGGACAAUGGGAGGGAGAGCUGCAUGGCAAAGUUGGUCACUUUCCAUUCACCCACGUUGAGUUCGUUGACAACGAGACGGGCGAGGAAAAUCAAGAUAUGUGAAAAACCACGCGAAAAGAAAACAUAAGGAAAUAAUAAGAAAAAUCGAGAAUAACCGAGGGAGAAGGAAAGCGAGAGAGAGAGGGAGGAGGCGAGAAUAAACCAAGAUUAAAUGAUAUUGGGGCUUGCUGCGUUAAAACGUAAUGAAAACUUUUUUUUUCAACGUUUCGUAGGGAUUGUUUUCCACUUCUGAGCUAUGAAGUUGAGUUACAUUUUUAUAAAUUAAAACUGAAUCUGCGAUCGAAAUUUCAAUGAUUUGAAUAUUCACAAAUUGCUAAUAAACAAAAAACCUGUUACGUCUUAAUGACACAAACUUCGGUACUAACAAAAAGAAGCGGAGAGAGCGAAGGAAGCCUCCUACUCGUUCUAAAGGGGAUUAGAGAGGUGAAACAAAAGAACUAUUUCGUGUACGAAAACGUCAGCUGUCUCUCAGCAGCUACAUACGUCAAUAUAGUGAAACUUUCAAUUCCAUAUGUUUAAACAAUUGCGUAUCUUAAGGAUUUCGAAUCGCAUAAAAUAUGUAGUUUGUAAUUAUACCAUCAUCGGGUAAUUCUUUUCUUAUCUCAUUGUCAUUUUGUUUGAUUUCUUGCGCUGUUGUAAAUUCGCGAGAUAAUUCCGUCAAAUUUUUUAACUACGGUGCCAUUAAACUUUUAUUUUUUAAGUCUCAGUUUUAUAGGGCAGCUCAAUCAUUUAUUUGCACGACCAUCUAGCGUAUUCGACCCUCCGUUAUUUUAUUCUAUAUAUCUAAUUUUUGAAUUCAAGUUGUGAAACUUCCACAAUGUUUCAUUUCGUGUAAAGUUAAAUUUGUGACUGAAAAAAUUGCCCCAGUCAAAGUACUUUCCGUUUUUCGAAAUCGCGCAUUUUAUCGCCCAUCAUGCAUAAAAAAAAAAAAAUACGAUAAAUAGCAUUCAUUUUUAAAUGCAAUGGUCUUGAACGUAAACCCAAAUUAGCGGGUGACAAAUUUUUCUUCCCAAACUACAAUUAGUUCAAAAAGUCGAUGUCUUCUAAGGUUCAUUUGGGUGGGGGAGGGUAAAACGAUUUUAUUACCUCAAUAAUGCAUUUUCUGUUGGUACGACGGCAACUGUACGUUCUAGUCAAGCCUCAAGUAUAAUUUGGUUUCUUUGUUUUUUUCCCUAUUUUGUUUUGUUCUGUAAUUUCAUGCGAAUUGUAUGAGCGAACAAUUUAUUAUAAUUGUGUCUGAAAGCGGCGUGAUAAAAGACAAACAGAGAGAAAGGGAGGGAAAGAGAACGAGUGUGUAUUAAAUCACGAACUUGUAAUGUAUAUCAUGUAAAUGUUUUUAUUCAUUGUACCGUGAAUUUAUGAAUUGCGAUUAUUCCAAAUAGAUCAUUAUUUUUUCAACUUCAUAUAAUUUGUCUUGUUUGCAAAAAACAACAUAUUAGAUUAGCAAAAUUAGUGUAGACGCUCGAUCAACAAAUCAUGGUGACGAUAAUCCCGAUAGAGCAAAUAUAAUGUAAAGUAUUCGGACACGCGCGCGCGCCCCUACAUAUAUUUGUAUAUACAGCCAUGACCAAAAGUAUAACGCACCUUGAUCUAUCGGUUUUACUAGUAAAAUGUUGUCUUCGAGAAUUUACGUAAAUGUUUGAAAAAAUGUGUUUUCGCGGUGGACUUUUCGAACAAUACGGUUAUUCGGAUAUGCGAAAGAAAUGACUACGAAAUAACAUCCGCUAUGUAGUAACAACAACGGUAAAUAAUCAGAAUCAGAAUAAGGUUCUCACCUCCGAUUUCAACCAUUUUGAAAUAAGUUGUUCUGGACAUCGUCCCGAGUAAUUUGAUAUUUGUAAGGGCGGUUCCUAAUGCUUUCGGAGAUACAAGGAUUUUUGUGCGACUAACAUGUACUACGAACUCGAGCAUGCAGGAACGCGCGUGAACGCAUAAAUGUAAAUAUAAACACAAAUGUCUCUAAUUUACGACAAUCGGUCUGUUCAGUUACGAUUUUCUAUAAAAAUUGUGUAUUUGGUGAAUCUUGGUCACAUCAAUGACUAAUAGGGGAAAUUGGGGUAAUUCGAACGGCCUAAGGGAAAUUGAUUGAUAACCAACCACAUGAUGAAAUUACAAAAUAAAUUUUUUAUCUAUUUUACUUCUUGAUAUCUUGUUUACAAUUUCCGAUGUAAAUUUUAAGAAAUAGAUGAAAAAAUUGCUAGGUAUUUUGCAAAAAACAACACUCCGUAAAAUUCAGAUUUACUCCGAACUUUCGGGGUAAUCCCGCGCGGUCCUUGGGCUGAAUCUAGAUUGCAUUAGAAAUUGCUACACAUAUUGUAAACAUAUUUUCGCUUGUGCAACUUUGUGAGCCCACAUUUCACACUCCAUUCACAUAAUCAUACGUUUCAAAACAAAAAUAACUUUUUUGUUUUCAUAUCGUUCACUACUACAUCUAUGCACCCAGUAUCACACGUUGGUGUUUUCUUUCAUAUGUAUUUCGACGUUACUGAAAUUUGAAAAAAAGUAAUCGAUAUGGGGUAAGAGCAGAAUGUCCGGAAUUCUUUCAAAUAAGCUGUUCAAAAUUACCUCAAAAUGCGAAAUUUCACAAAUUAAUUAGUGAUUAAAAAACAGUAAGGUAAGCCCAAGUUUGAACUGCGUUAAUGAUCCUUAUAUGGAAUAAGGAUAUUAAAUUAAUUUUUUUAAUAACAUUGAAACUGUUUAUUCCGUAGUUUUAUUGAUUUAAUGUAUAGACAAAAAUUAGAUCAAGAUUUACUUUAUUUUAUGAUCGGUCUUACUUCAAAGAAAAUAAAUCACUUCACGCCUCGAACAAUGUGAGUACACUAAACAUCGAUAGGGUUAUCGCAUGAGUUCAAGUGCGUGAAAGUGGGCGGGGGGUCGGAGUGUAAAGAUACUGCGGUGUCGGAUUUACCCUGCGUCCGGAAUUACCCCAUUCUCCUCUGCCCAAGUACCCGUAUGAAAAAAUUUGUUUAAAAAUGAAAAGAAAAUCCAAUCAUUAAUGUUCUAGGGCGUAUUGCGCCGGGGAAACGGAUUUAUUGGUUAAAAUCCUAGGAGUAGGGGUUUGCAGGGUUUGAAUUUUAUAUGAGUGCACUUCCAUAAAAAUAAAAUUUUAUAAAAUUGAACUCGUUUAGAAUUCAAAUCCUGCAAACACCUACUCCUAGAAUUUCGACCUAUAAAUCCGUCUUUUCGGCUUAAUACGUUCUAGGAUUUUAACGAUUGGAUUUUUUUUUUUAAUCUUUAGGAAAUUUCUUCAUACGGGUAUCCUAGCGAAACUAUUAGAGACCGCCCUAUACAAUUAUAUAUAACAAAUUACUCGGAACGAUGUACAUAUUCCAAAAUGGUUGAAAUCGCAAGUGAGGACCUUAUUCUGAAUAUUUACCGUCACAUGUGUUUAUAUUUUAUAUCAAACCACGAAAAUACUGGAGAAGAAAAAACUAAAUUUAACUUCGAUCGAUCUAACGUCUACGGUUCUUUCCAACGGUCAAAGUAAAAAAAGUACGGAGACAAAUUUUUAAAUUCGACGAUUCGCUUUACAGGUUUCGUCAAUUAUAUAGUGUUUAGUGUGCCAAAAACAGCCAUGGUCUCUAUGACCAAGAUGGGGACCUACACGACAUAAUAAAUAAAAGAAUUUUAAUAAUAUGUACUGGAUGUAAUAUUGCCUUCGAACAAAAAUGUUGCUUUGACUGAUGUACAAUGCCUAAUCCUUUUGGCCAAUAUUGGGUAGGAGAACAGGGGUGAGCAAAUCGGAACAUACGCCCAAAGAGGUACGUCUCUCGGAAGGAUAUAAAAAUAAUUCGGUCACUCAAGAAUUGUGAUAAAAUGAUCCACGGACAUCAGAUGUUUCAAAAUAUUCAGCUAUGCAUGCUAAACUGAAAUUGUCAUAUUUUUAAUGAAUACAUGCGAAUCUGACAAACGUGUGUCUUGAGAAUUCGUCGAAUUACUUGAAUAAAAGAUUGUUUUGUUUCUCGCUAUUUUUUCUGAAAAAGUAUGAACUAAAAAUGAUCGUGAUGUUAAGUUGUUAUAUAUUUGAGAAAAACCGUAGACAAAUUCCAUCACUUGAUUUUGGGCUGUUUCACAUUUCCGUCGAGUUGUAUAAAAAAAAAAAAUCAAGAAAGCAAUGUGAUGAAUGAAUAGUAGUUUGAUUGUAUUAUUUAUCAAUCCGAAAGGUAUAUUCUUCGUGAAUUAUUUGCCGGCAAUUUUGAAGCGAAUAAACUGAUUUAUUGUUCUCA